GCAAGGCAAGUGUCGCGUGGAACCCACGAGGCCGGUCGGUCUCUGCCACCGGGUCUCGUCUUCUCUUCUCCACCCUCGUGGGCUCCCCUCUCCCACUUCCUCCAUUCGCGCUUCGCCUCUCUCUCUGCCCGUCUCCCUCCCUCCGUCAGAUCCCUCGCCAGGACUGCCAUGGCGGACCAGCUCACCGACGACCAGAUCGCCGAGUUCAAGGAGGCCUUCAGCCUCUUCGACAAGGACGGCGACGGCUGCAUCACCACCAAGGAACUUGGAACUGUGAUGCGCUCAUUGGGGCAGAACCCUACUGAGGCUGAACUCCAGGACAUGAUCAAUGAGGUUGAUGCUGAUGGCAACGGAACCAUUGACUUCCCUGAGUUCCUCAACCUGAUGGCACGCAAGAUGAAGGACACUGACUCUGAGGAGGAGCUCAAGGAGGCCUUUCGUGUGUUUGACAAGGACCAGAACGGCUUCAUCUCCGCGGCUGAGCUCCGCCACGUCAUGACCAAUCUAGGCGAGAAGCUGACAGACGAGGAGGUGGACGAGAUGAUCCGCGAAGCUGAUGUGGACGGUGAUGGCCAGAUCAACUACGAGGAGUUCGUGAAGGUGAUGAUGGCCAAAUGAGAUGUGCCCUUUUGAAGCUAGUUUCUCUCCUGAUGGUAGUAACUAGUUUAGUGUUGAAAACUGACUGCAUUUGGUUAUCCCUUAUUCCGAUCCGUGCGCCAAUGAACAGAUCUGUUGUUUGUUUUCUUCCCUGGGAUUUUACUGUAUCGGUAAUUUCUUUUGGAUUCGUUUGCGAUUGUAUUACAUUUGUGUUAUCUUUGGUACAAUGAUCAUGCCUUUCCCUUCCAGUUUA